AUGACUCAGUUAAGAUCGAUUUCUUCAUGUAAUGUGGUUUAUAAGGUAAUUGCAAAGAUUCUCACGAACUGUAUGAAGCUUGCUAUGCCGCAUAUUAUUAGUAUGAAUCAAUUGACGUUUGUGGCUGGGAGGCAGAUUCAGGAUAAUGUUUUGGUGGUACAUGAGAUACUUCAUUCUCUUAAUCAACAGGGCGAUGAGGAUGAGGUGUCGGUGGCUAUGAAGUUGGAUAUGGCGAAGGCUUAUGAUUGUGUUGAAUGGAGCUUUCUAUUGGCAAUGAUGGAAGCUAUGGGCUUUCUGGAUGAGUUUCGAAAUAGAAUCGCGGAAUGCAUUACGACAGUUACUUAUAGGUUCUUGGCUUUGCUUCGGAGGAGGGAGGAGUGGGGUGCAUUGCAUGGGAUGUGGGUGGUGCCUGGGGGAAUGUCAUUAUCCCAUUUAUUUUUUGCCAAUGAUGCUGUUAUCUUCUUCAGAGCCGAGGAGGAUGAAGCUUAUGUGGUCAUGGAUGUUUUACAAUGCUAUGUGGAAGCCUUGGGGCAAGUUAUAAAUAGAGAGAAGAGUUCGUUGUAUUUUGGGGCGCGAUGUUCGCAGAUUCAGAGGAAGGCAAUUAUUCGUUGUACAAAUAUCACGGGCAAAGAAGAACUUGGUAAGUACUUAGGGAUAAAGGCUGAUUUUGGUUCUUCUAAGAAGGCGGUGUUUGAAGGGGUUAGGGAAGUGUUGGAAGGGCGAAUAAAUGGGUGGGCAGAGCAGUUUCUUUCCCCUGCUGGCAAAGAAGUGCUAAUUAAAGCGGUUGCUAUGGCAUUGCCAUAUUAUGUUAUGUCGUGUUUUAAACUUUCGGCUAAUCUUAUUUUGGGAUUACCAGUGAGUAUUGGAGGUUGUUCUGAUAGAGUCAUAUGGCAUUAUUCCAAAAAUGAUGAUUAUACAGUUCGAACGGGGCAUGGUGUUGCUAUGGAAAUGCAGGAAAAUGGGGAACUUAGAAGGAAAAGGAUGAGGAGUAGCAGCCGGCGAAAGGACUUUGAUCGGGACUAG